CCCCGGCUUGUGUGAACCAGCGGAUUCCAGUCUCCCGACACCAACCCAACAGGGCAGGAGGUGCAAAAUGAUGACUACAGAGGUGGGAAGGUUUCUUCUCUGCGCUUGCGUGACCUUUUCAGUUCUCCUGAACACCUGUACAGCAGCCCCCACGGCAAGGGACGAACAGCCCGACGCCAACUUCCGGCUGUCUGAGGAUGACGUCGGCCGUGUGGUGAGCGCCAUGGCACGGGAGGUGCUGCAGAUUGUGAACGAGAACGUCGAGCCUAAGGAGUUUGGCUUCGGUUUGGGCGGCCUACCCGAGGGACCUGCGUACAAACGCGGACGGAUAGCGUGUAAGACGGCCUGGUGUAUGAACAACCGCCUGUCGCACAACCUGAGCAGUCUGGACAACCCUACCGACACCGGCGUCGGCGCACCAGGGCGCAAGCGCAGAGAUACGUCAUAGGUCAAAGGGCAGAAAAACCCUCGUUUGCAGGAUCGCCCGUGUGAAAAUGACGAAAGCUUUCAUCUUCUUAAGUAUAACUGAUCCUCUGUAAAGAAGGCAUUUUUAUCUAUGGGAACAUGAUGUACACCUCAGUGUGAAAACAGUCCAAACAAAAGGACCGCGUAAUCGAUUAAUCGGUCACAAAUCCAAAUAGUUAUAGCUUGUCAUUCCAACAUGUUGACGCUCUAGUAUGAACGCAUCUAAAAAUGGAUCAUAAAGUUAUGUUAUACAUACUAUAGUCCAGUCUGCGCAGAUAGUUUUGAUUCAUUUUGGACUACCUGUAUGCCCAAAUCAAGUAAUGAUGGUCUUUAUGGUACAAACUUUCCUCACAUUUCGAUGUGAAAACACGACUAUCAUAUAAUUGUCAACUGCAGAAAGAAACCUUGGUCGGGGUUGUAAAUACGGUCAUAGAUACCAUCCAUGUGAAGGAUCCUGUUGGAAAAAAGCAAUGGUCGUAGCUUUGAAUAAAAAUCAUGCUCAUGAAAAUGAGACAAUGUGUAAAGUGGUCAACGUUGUAUGACGAAUUAUAAGUCGCCAUGUUUAGUGUCCUCCCGACGACUACUGUAGUGGUGCGUGGACGUCUUGGGUUCUGCGUGUACCUCACGAUUUACAAUAAAUUCAAAGCAAACGAGAAGUUGGAGAUUUCAGACUGUCGGGAAGUAUUUUGGGUUUUCGUGACCUCCAAUUGCAAGCUCACAGACCUUAUGGGUGUUUGUGGAUGAAAUCAAGAAGGUUAAAUUUUAACUGAAUGAUGAAGUAGAACUGUGAAGGGGUUGUAAUUUU